AGUGUAGACUCAUGAAAAACGCAGUUGAUUAUAAUAUGUGCAAUACUCAAUUGAAGUUUAAUCUAUCGACAAGAAAUACAUUUAAAUAGUCAUGUAUUUUCUUUGACAGCUGCGGCAAUGCAAGCAAAACGUCAUGUCCGGUGUGGUUGUAAAACGAAAUUGAACAGAAUCAUGAUUGGUCCACAAUCAAGAUAUUAUCUCGAUCCAAGGCAAUGUAUGACAUAACAUCCUUUAGUUCUCACAAAUGAGUUACAUUACCCAGUAUAAUUGUACAGUUUGCUUAUUAUGGGGGAGCAGAAUGAAGUCUUUUUAUCUAAACCAUGAUUUGAAGGCAAAAUAUCGUAAAUGAUAGAGAAUGUGAUAAGCGAAGCAUUUAUUUUUGUAAAAGUUGAUUCGUUUUACUAAUAUGAGACAGUCUAAUUAUUACAUUCUUAAAUUUACAAGUAGAAAAGUACAGUAGUUUUUCGGUAAGGUACAUCAGAAACGGAAGCAUGCCGUUGGUCCUUUCGUGUAACCGUGGCAUGUAUCGCAUCUGAUUGGUGAACAGUAGCGACCACGCUUGCCGUUCAAUAUUAUCGAUACCACGCUGAAAAUCACGGUUUUAUUACAUAAUAAUUACACAAAAUAAUAACUGAUCAUCUCUACGAGAGGACCGAAGCUGUAUAGCGAGAGAGUGCCGAGAGAUUGGUCCGUUUGAAAUCGAUUUUCAAAGUAGCAAACUUUGAACAUGGCGUUGAGAUCAAUCUGCCGGCUGUCAAUUGAUUCGACCUUCAGCCAUUUGAGCCAUUUGGGAGCCACCGCCCGGCCGCGACGAUCGUCUUUUGCAUUUCUCGUGCGAACUCUCGCCUCUGCUGCUAAAAAAAUGUGCGUGCAGCGUGUUUUCUUCGACAUGACCGCGGACGACCAACCUGUGGGUCGUAUCGUGAUGGAGUUGAGGAGCGAUAUUGUUCCACAAACUGCAGAGAACUUUAGAGCUCUUUGUACCGGUGAAAGAGGCUUUGGUUACAAAGGAAGCAGUUUCCAUAGAGUUAUUCCAGACUUUAUGUGCCAAGGCGGUGACUUCACUAAUCAUAAUGGCACUGGUGGAAGAUCCAUCUAUGGACAGAGAUUCGAUGAUGAGAACUUCCAAUUGAAACACACUGAACCUGGUAUUCUUUCCAUGGCGAAUGCUGGUCCAAACACCAAUGGAAGCCAGUUCUUUAUUACCUGUGCUAAAACAAGCUGGCUUGAUGGCAAACAUGUUGUAUUUGGAAAAGUAGUCGAAGGAAUGGAUGUCGUUAGGAAAUUGGAAGCAUUGGGAUCUCAAAGUGGGAAGACUAGCAGAAAAAUUAUAAUAGCCGAUUGUGGAGAGCUGUAGAUUGUUCACCUAGAUAUCCUAAUAACUGCAUUUUUAUUUAGCUGUUGCAUACAACUGUUGCUGUCUUUAUAUUGUAUGAUUUAUUCAUUCACUCAUCAUCAUUUUCCUUUCAUACCGUGGACGUAGUUCCAUAUUAAAAAUGUACAACUACUUAAAAUUGGAAUCAGUCGUUCAUACUGUACUUUUAAUUGUGAAUACUUGAAGUUCUAUAAAAUAGAAUUCAUUAAAACUUUUAUCUCUGUUUCCCUUACUAUAAAAGAUAUUCAGUGUCGCAUGAUUACGAUAAGCAGCAUGCCUUCUAUAUCAAAGUGGGAUGUAAAACGAAUUUAAAAGAAAAUACUUAGAUCCACAUUCUUCCAUGAAGUAUUGCUCUUUUAAAUGGUAUUCAAUGGUAUAGCACCGUAAAGCGUAUAUAUAUAUACACAUAUAUAUGUAUGAAACAUAUUGAAGCUUGUUUCAAAAGAAAAUCAUUUUCCUGUGUACUAUGCAUAUUUUGGUAUGUAAUAAUAAAAUUCGUAAGCAUUUACAUUUCUAAGAUCUAUUAGUAAUGAGUGUUAUAUCAUUUCUGUAUAAUCUUCGUCCGCGACGUUACGAUGUUUUAACAUUUUGUAUCGAUUUCUAUCGUGCUUUCAUACUUACAAAUCCAGCAAAAAUAUGCUUCUUACCUAGGGCAUUAUUUCUAUCCGUACUAUAAACUCGUUUUCUAAAUACGGAACGAUGAUAGAGAUUCGAUUAAUGUAAACUAUAAUACCAGACAAUGCCUUUAGGUAAUAUCAUCUUAUGUAACACCAAUGUUGAAUAAUGUAGUUGCAAAGAUCACAGUAAUUGGGAUUUCUAUAAAAUAAAACUUGUUUUCAGAAGUAA